AAAUCCAUAAGCAUCGUCGACGCCUGUAUCCAAUCUUUCUUCAGCCGGAGUGGGUGGCGGACGGAGGAGUAGAAUACGAGCCAUUGACGGCGGAGGAGGAAGAAGGAGAGCUUCGGCCACUGAGGUCAAAGAGAAAAGAGUAAAGAAGCAAAAAGACUGGGCUGAGGGGGAGUGGGGAAAUUUACUGAUUAUAAAAUUAGAUAAAGAAAACCCCUUCAAAGAAAAGACUUCCGUUUUGUUUUUCUCUCUGCUUCUUCUUCGUCUACUUAGUUUUUAUCGAAAAAAAAAAAACCCUAAGCUGCCAUACGCCGCCCAUUUUGCACCCAAUCUUGACGGUUUUCUUGAGUUUUGGAGGCUUAUCGGUGAAGGGUAUUCGAGGUUUGUUAGGAAAUUGGGUGAAAUCUGGAGCAACGGCGACUGGAAUGAGCUUGCUGAUUGUACCCAGUACCGGAAUAGUCCGAUCCAUUUCACUGCUGCUGGAAAUUUCUGUGCUUUGCUGCUAGAGCUGUGAGUCUCAAUCUGUUGGAAUCUUCCAGUGCUUGGGAAGCAGAGAGUGGCUGUAAAUUCUCGUCAGUAUCUAUACCAGACUGGAGCUUCUGUGCAGUGGCUGCUUUUGAAGUAUUUAUUUGAGGAACGUUUUCUGAUCUGUAUAAAACAUGAGGGAAACCCUUUGAACAACGGGAAACUGUUUCUUAGUUUCUAGCAUCAAUGGCUGAUCAUGCUUUAGUUGUACCCGAUACUUCUCAGGCUUUGGCAGAAACCACAGUAGUCGUUGAGCAGGCAGAAACUGCAUUAGCUGUUGGGCAACAGUUUCCUGAUGUUGAAACCUGCAGAAGAACUUUGAAAGACAUUGCUAUAGCAUUACAUUUUGAUCUUCGGAUAGUGAAAUCAGAUCGCAGCAGAUUUAUAGCCAAGUGCUCCAAAGAAGGCUGUCCAUGGCGUGUCCAUGUUGCAAAAUGUCCUGGAGGUCCAAUGUUUUCGAUUAGAACCUUGCAUGGGGAGCAUACUUGUGAAGGUGUUCGCAACCUCCAUCAUCAGCAAGCAUCUGUGGGGUGGGUUGCAAGAUCUGUAGAGGCACGUGUUCGGGAUAAUCCACAGUACAAACCAAAGGAAAUCCUGCAAGAUAUACGUGAUCAGCAUGGAGUUGCAGUUUCUUAUAUGCAAGCCUGGCGUGGAAAGGAGCGUAGCAUGGCUGCACUUCAUGGGACUUUUGAAGAAGGCUACCGCCUUCUUCCUGGAUAUUGUGAACAAAUAAGGAAAACUAACCCUGGAAGCAUUGCAUCAGUUUUUGCCACUGGACAAGAUAAUUGUUUCCAGCGCCUUUUUAUCUCUUACCGAGCAUCUAUCUAUGGCUUCAUAAAUGCGUGCAGGCCACUUUUGGAACUUGAUAGAGCACAUCUAAAAGGAAAAUACUUGGGUGCGUUACUUUGUGCUGCAGCCAUUGAUGCUGAUGAUGCCUUGUUUCCUUUGGCAAUUGCUAUUGUAGAUGCAGAAAGUGAUGAGAAUUGGAUGUGGUUCAUGUCAGAAUUAAGGAAGCUUCUUGGGGUGAAUACUGACAACAUGCCUAGACUCACAAUACUGUCUGAAAGACAAAGAGGCAUUGUAGAGGCAGUAGAAACACAUUUUCCAAGUGCUUUUCAUGGCUUUUGCCUGCGUCAUGUAAGUGAAAAUUUCCGUGAUACAUUUAAGAACACAAAGCUGGUUAAUAUAUUCUGGAAUGCUGUGUAUGCCCUCACUGCUGCUGAAUUUGAAUCCAAGAUUGCUGAGAUGGUUGAGAUCUCAGCUGAAGUCAUACAGUGGUUUCAACUCUAUCCUCCCCAGCUUUGGGCUGUGGCAUAUUUUGAGGGAGUGCGAUAUGGCCAUUUUACUCUCGGUGUCACAGAGUUGUUGUAUAAUUGGGCUCUUGAAUGUCAUGAGCUCCCAAUUGUGCAAAUGAUGGAACAUAUUCGCUAUCAAUUAGCAACUUGGUUUAAUGCUCGGCGUGAUAUGGGGAUGAGAUGGACCUCAAUUCUUGUACCAUCUGCUGAGAAGCGGAUUUCAGAGGCAAUUACUGAUGCUCGCUGCUAUCAAGUACUCCGUGCUAAUGAAGUCGAGUUUGAGAUUGUGUCAACCGAGCGGACAAAUAUUGUGGAUAUUCGAAGUCGUGUCUGCUCAUGCCGCCGGUGGCAGCUCUAUGGUUUACCCUGUGCACAUGCUGCGGCUGCACUAAUUUCUUGUGGGCAGAAUGCUCAGGUCUUUGCUGAACCAUGUUUCACCGUGGCAAACUACCGGGAGACUUAUUCACAGAUGAUAAAUCCUAUUCCAGAUAAGAGCCUGUGGAAAGAGCAAGGUGAAGGAACUGAAGGUGGAGGCGCCAAACUUGAGGUUAUUAUACGUGCUCCCAAAACUCGCCGGCCACCAGGUAGACCAAAAAAGAAGGUUCUUCGUGUAGAGAACUUGAAGCGCCCAAAGAGAGUUGUUCAGUGUGGUAGAUGUCAUUUGUUAGGACAUUCUCAAAAGAAAUGCACCAUGCCAAUGUGAACCUUGAAUUAGCUUCUUUUUCUCCCCUCCUUUUAACUUCAUAUUAUCUUGGUAUGCUGAAAUUGCAAUAGAAAUGGCGUGAAUGUAAUAUUGUUGUAUGUUUUGGUGAAUUAGAAAUAAGGAUCCGGUCCCUUUUUCUCUUAGUUUUUGGUUCUUGCAGCAUGUUUGUGUCUUGUAUCAUGUUUUUGCCUGAGAGAGCCAUGUAUAGAUAUGUCUAAUCAGCAGAACAGAUUGUGUUGGAAACGUGCAUCAACAGAAC